CCUUCGUCGAUCGAAUGAAGGUCAAUCGCCCUGCAUCGCUCGUCUCCACCUGCAGGUUCUCCCCUCCAUAAAUAGAACUCAUUUGCCAUCGGAGGCUCUCUACGAGUCAGUGCUCAUGGAUCUUGAAUUCGGAAAACAGAGUUUCUUAUCAGAUGUGGAUCUGGGAAAGGCCGGCCCCUCAAAUCUAAACUUCCAUUCCCCUCAUCCUUUGUGGGAUGAGUGCUUAACUUUUGAUUCAGUGUCGAAUUCAACCGUAAUUACUAGUGAAGUCAAGGCUUUCAAGAAAAGGCUAAAUGACAGAAAAUACAGAGAAAAAUUGAAGUUAGACAAAAUGAGAAUGAAAACCGACAUGGAAUCACUUGAUGAGGAGAAUGAGAAUUUGAAGAAAGAGAAUGAAAGGUUGAAACAUGUGCAUGGUUCGAUGAAUGGAACUUUGCAAAUGCAAACAAAAUUGAUAGAUCAAUUGAAGGGUGAUCUUGACAAAUUGAAUGAUGAGUAUAAGAAGCAAAAUGUCCUUGUGCAAAGACUGUCAGAACUAUUAGCAUGCCCCGACCUCCAGCUGGAAAACGAAAGGCUGAAAUUAGAAAAUAGUCAAUUGAGACGUUAUGCAGGUCUAGAUUAUCGCGUGGUGCUUGCAGAGGAGAAUGUAAAACUAAAACUUGAAAAUAAGGUACUCAGAGUGCAGAAUGAUGCCUUGUGUGGGAAAUUAAUCAGUGAUAGUGACAAGAAGCAUGCAUCAGAAUUGGCAGGAUGAGCUACCAUUAGUACAUGUGUGUGAUGUUAAUUCUAUUUCUUUUUCUUUUUGUACAUCGGAUGAUGGGCUAUAUGGCAGUAUAUAGCCCCUCCACACCUGUCUCAGGAUUUGAACUUAGAAUCUCCAACAUGGAGUUUCGAGAUUUUAACCACUGGGACAUUCCACAGGAGACUUUAUUUCCUACUUAUACACUCAUUAGCUAUGGGCUUUGUAGUACCACUGAAUGUUAAAUGAUUUUUUCUUUGAUUACUCAUCUUUUAAUCUCAGUCUCUUGUCAAAGCUCCUUGCCAAGUAGAAUAUUACACAUGUUUGUCUCCAAACAGCAAAGCCAUACAGAUUGGAACAGAGUAAGCUGGAAAGCAAUACUUCUGAUGUCUGCGUGUUUGCUCUUUGGAUUAUAGUUACUGUCUGUCUGGCUAUAAUUUUGUCAUACAUAAGUAGGGUUGCUGUGCGAGAUUCCUCUCCUCCUUUCUUUUCAGUGUGGUAUAGCAGUUUUACUUUCUUGAAUUAGUUUUUAUGUUCUGCUCCUAUCUUUUUAAUAUUGGUUCAUGCUCAUGGAUGAGAGACCCUGUUUUGCCUUCUAUUGUUCAUUUACUGAUUCUCCUUUACCCAAUAAAAUGAUGUAAGUGGGAAAUUCUGAUUUGAUAUGUCAGAAAUUUUCUGAAUUUGUUUCAAUUCUUCUGUAUUCAAAGGGUAAUCUCUGCAGGUAGAGUAAGCUUGUGGUCUGUGGGUUUGAGUAGAGUACUUUUUACA